AUGUUCGUAGAUGGGUCAAGUAACGCAGAGGUCAGGGGAGCUGGCUUCAUCCUAACAAGCCCUGAAGGCUUCAAGAUACAGUUCACACUACGACUGAGCUUCCUUGCCUCAAACAAUGAGGCCGAGUACGAAGCAUUGAUUGCAGGACUGAGGACUGCCAGGGCCAUACAGGUCAAAAGGCUGGCCAUACGGGCUGACUCACAACUGAUCGUGAAUCAGGUCAACGGAGACUAUGAAGCCAAGGACGAUCGAAUGGCAACAUAUUUGAAAGAAGCCAAGAAGUUAGUAAGCUCGUUCGAGACGUUCGAGAUAAGUAGGGUGCCACGCAGGAAGAACAAGAAAGCGGACGUGCUCUCACGACUAUCCAAAGAAGAAUUAGCCCAGCUCGAUGGCUCAGUAUAUAUUAAGCAGCUCGACGCACCAGCCGACUUAGUUCGAGAAGUCGCAUAG